AAGAACACAGCUGAAAUAUGCUCCGGUCAGGCCAGCUCAAGCACUGAAUGCGUUUGUUUCACAGCGGGACCCCUGAACAUGGACUCUCUGACGGAGAUCCCCUUUAUGGAGGAUGAGGGGCUGACCAUGAAGAGGACAGGGUACAUCCGAUUAUAUGAGAUUAGCACAGCUGCAGACUGACCGACCUGCAGCAGGGGUCUCCCUCUCUGUGUCCCUCUCAAGAGCCUCUCCAGGGCCCUGACUCAGACGUGUAUGCAAAGUUUUUCAUGAGUCACUGCUGCUACGAUGCCAUUCCAACGAGCUCCAAACUGGUCAUCUUUGACACAACGCUACAGGUGAAAAAAGCAUUCUUUGCAAUGGUUUCAAAUGGGGUCAGAGCAGCACCUUUAUGGGAUAACAAGCUGCAGUGUUUUGUAGGGAUGCUCACCAUUACAGACUUUAUCAACAUUCUCCAUCGUUACUACAGAUCUCCCCUGGUUCAGAUCUAUGAGCUGGAGGAACACAAGAUCGAAACAUGGAGAGAGGUCUAUCUACAGUAUUCUCUCAACUCCCUGAUCAGCAUCACACCUGAUUCCAGCCUCUUCGAAGCCAUUUAUUCCUUGCUGAAGAAUAAGAUUCACCGGCUACCCAUCAUAGAUCCAGAAUCAGGGAACGUCCUCCACAUACUCACCCAUAAACGCAUCCUCAAGUUCUUACACAUCUUUGGCUCGAUGGUCCCUAAGCCACGAUUCUUACAGAAGCGGAUUGAGGAAGUGAACAUUGGAACAUUCAAGAGCAUUGCAACUAUCAGGGAGACGGAAACUGUUUAUGAUGCUUUAUCAGUAUUUGUGGAGCGACGGGUCUCAGCCCUGCCCGUCAUCAACGAGCAAGGGAAAGUGGUAGCACUUUACUCCAGAUUUGAUGUCAUUAAUUUGGCUGCACAGAAAAGCUACAACAACCUGAACAUGACGAUGCAGGAGGUCAUUCAGGGCCGCUGGUGCUGCAUUGAGGGGGUGCUGAAGUGUUACCCUCACGAGACCCUCGAAACCAUCAUUGAUCGGAUCGCUGAGGCUGAGGUUCACCGUCUAGUGCUGGUGGACACAGAGGAUGUGGUGAUGGGAAUCGUCUCGCUCUCUGAUUUGCUUCAGGCUCUGGUCUUGACUCCUGCAGGCGUUGAGGCACUUUUCUCUUAACACCAGUGGAGGGCUCCCUCUCCACAAUCAUCCACAUUUCUUAUCACACCAGAAUUUUGUCCAAAAGCAAACCAUGAGCCAACCAUGAAGAUGAAUGUUUGAAGACAGAACGUGUACAUAUUUUUGGAUGUCGCUGACACUUUGGGAUUUUAUGCAUCACUUUAAACAUGUCUAAUCUUAUUUUGCAAAAUAACUUGUAUAUUUGUAUGAUUUAAUAAAUAAUUAGCACAUAAUCAUUUGAAUUUUGAUAGUUCUAUGUCAGAUCAUACUACCGAUUUCUUUCACAUAGUAUGUAAUAAUGCUAACCCUCCAGGCAAAAAUCCCAUUCUUUUUUAAGAACAUUUUUGUCCUCAUCCUUUCAUUGUAAAUAAUAAACAGAUAAUCAUGUUAUUUAUUUAGUCAUAUAAUUCACUGAAGUGUUCCUACAGAUUUUUCAUACUCGAAGUAGAUUUACAAUGUUAUAUUGCACAAAUGUUCUUUUUUUCCUACUAUACCACAUGCAACAUGUUUUAUUCAAUGAUUGUACUGUUAUUAUUUUGGUAAAGACAAAGUCUGGGUGAAAAACUGCUUUACAGAAUAAAACUUACAAAAUUAUAA